AUGCCUAGUAAGACAUCAACCCUAGUCUUACCUGGAGAGGAUGAUCAAAGACUGACAAUGAAGAAUCAGGGCGACCUGAUUAUUGAUACAGACAAAAUUCUGGGUGUCUCCCCCGACGCCACUCAACAACAGAUUCGGACUGCAUACAAAAGAGAAUCUUUGAAAUCCCAUCCCGAUCGAGUGCCUGCCGAUUCACCAGAGCGACCCGCCCGUACUCGGAGAUUCCAAGAGAUCAAUGAUGCUUAUUAUACUCUUUCUGACCAGACACGUCGGCGAGAAUAUGACGCCCUAAGAGCAGCAGAGGCAUACGAAGAGCCAGCGGAGGAAGUGCCUCGGGGUGGCGCCGGCGGCUUCCCAUGGUCUGCCUUUGGAUUUGGCACCACCACCACAGACAGCGAGCAACGAGCCUCCGAGCAAUUUGGGUCUGUGUUCGAGGAGAUGUUACGGGAAGAAGGACUUGCCGAGGAUACCGAUGCCGAUGGCCAACGUCGUACCAGGCCUACAUCACGCUUUUGGUCUGUUGUGGGUGGUAUCAGCGGUGGUGCUUUAGGAUUCAUUGUGGCAAAUACUCCCGGUGCUUUGGCUGGUGCCGUAGCAGGGAACCGCCUUGGUGCUGUCCGAGACGCAAAAGGCAAGAGUGUCUACGAGGUUUUCCUCGAGCUUCCGCAGUCUGAAAGAGCCCGACUACUGAGCGAAUUGGCAGCCAAGGUCUUCCAGACUACUCUGGGUCGCUAG